GGAUAAUCAGGAACCUUCGAGUUUAAAGUACAUAUAAGCGGGUUAUUUGCAGCCGUUCAAAAUUCAAGUUGCCACCUUUCCAAAUUUCAUUUGCUCCGCCUGGAGAUUGGAUCACUGGAUCUUCGGUGGUCAUCGUUGCCAUCGCCCAAAACAUCACCAUCACUAUGAGCCGACAAUUUAUGCAUUUACCGCUUCACAGCCGGCUGCGCCGUUUGAGAAGCGGAUUGGAACCGCCAUCCGGCAAUGUCGUGGAUGACAGAAUGUGCUGGAUUUGCCUGAGGGGCGAUGAGGAUCACCGCCGAAGGGAUUGGGUGCAUCCGUGUCGCUGUCGCGGCACCAAUAAAUGGGUGCACGAGGCCUGUCUGAGUCGCUGGAUCGAUGAGAAGGAGAUGCUAUCGCCGGGUGCUCCCGUGACGUGCACCCAAUGCCGCACGGAGUACAUUAUAGUGAUGCCGCCACUAUGCCGCUUCGAUGCCAUGCUGGAGCGACUGGACAAGGGCUGCGAUCGUAUGUGUCCCAGUGUUCUGAUGGGCAUCCUGGCGGCCACCGUUUACUUCUCCGCGGUGAUCUACGGAGCACUCACCGUGCUCCAACUGGCCGGCUACAGCACGGGCAUGAAGCUGCUCCAAGAGGAUCCCUCGCUGCUGAUGAUUGUGCUGCCAUCGGUGCCGACGCUCCUACUUCUCAGCAGGCUUGUGCGCUGGGAGGACUGCGUGAUCCGUUGGCUGCGUCGGCGCAAACGUAGCGCCAUUCCCGCCGAGCAACUGGAUGCUGUGGGUCUACCCCUGCCCGGUGCUCCGCUGAGCGAUGAGUACUUCGAUGAGCUGGAGCGCGAGUAUCCGGCCUCGGAUGGCCUAAUUGGCGGUAACUUGGCAACGGAGCAACUUGGUCGCGCCUCCACCAGCUUCUGCAUUGCCCUAAGUCUGCCCACCAUUUCCGUGGUGCUGGGACAGAAGCUCUUCGGCAGGAUCUACGAGGAGAACAAGUUAUUGAGCAUCCUCCUGGGCGGACUGACCUUUGUGACCAUCAAGGGAUUGGCCAGUAUCUUCCUUAGCCAGUCGCAGUAUCAACAGAGGCGCCACAGAUUCGUCAUGGACUACACUCCUCGCAAUCGUAUCAACUAUCAGUCCCGGUAGCGCUGAAGGCAUCUAGAAUCUGCAGGCAUCCAUCAGUUACAACAAAGAUCCACUGAUCCUUAUUUAGUUUUUUCUUUUAUAGAAUGGCCAAAAAUCAAUAAAUUAGUAUAAGUUGCC